GCGCCGGUGUCCGCCGCUGACUCUUGAGUGUCAAAGAUGGCGUGCUCCGCAGCUCGCAGCUCCGCACGCUGGUUCACAGUCGCCGUGUCCUCCUGCCACAGACAGGCGUGUUCAGCCCACAUCUCCUGCUUUAAUGGAGCCCACCGGGGCUUUUCGAAGCUGUCAGGCCGGCGGGUUUGGUCUGCGGGCGGCGGGAUGAGCGCACGAGAGAGGAAUGGGGUGACAUUGAGAGGCAUGACAGGUGUGGGAUCGUCUCAGAUCCUCUCUAGGCUGUCCUUCCACACCAGCGCUCCUGCUUAUAAACAAGACUUCUAUCAGAUUCUAGGAGUACCACGCGCAUCAACGCAGAAGGAGAUUAAGAAGGCUUAUUACCAAAUGGCAAAGAAGUAUCAUCCAGACACGAACAAAGAUGAUCCUCAAGCCAAGGAGAAGUUCGCGCAGCUGGCAGAAGCCUACGAGGUGCUCAGCGACGAGGUGAAGAGGAAACAGUAUGACACGUACGGCUCUGCUGGGUUCGACCCGGGCGCCGGCGGCGGAAGUCAACAGUACUGGGGCGGCGGGACCAGCGUCGAUCCCGAGGAGCUCUUCCGCAAAAUCUUCGGGGAGUUUUCCGGAGCGCGAGGUUUCGGGGAUUUCAACGGCAUCUUCGAUCAGCCUCGGGAGUAUGUUAUGGAGCUGACGUUCGCUCAGGCCGCUAAAGGCGUGAAUAAAGAAAUCACAGUCAACAUUGAUGCCACGUGUCAGCGCUGCGACGGCCGAGGGCACGAGCCCGGCUCCAAAGUCCAGCACUGCGCCAGCUGCAACGGGACGGGGAUGGAAACCGUUAACACGGGGCCGUUCGUGAUGCGAUCCAGCUGUCGGCGCUGCGGGGGGCGGGGCUCGGUCAUCACCUCGCCCUGCACGGCGUGUCGAGGGACGGGUCAGACCAAGCAGAGGAAAACCGUCAUGGUACCCGUACCUGCAGGUAUUGAAGACGGGCAGACGGUCCGAAUGCCUGUGGAUAGGAAGGAGAUCUUCAUCACGUUCAGAGUUCAGAAGAGUCCCAUCUUCAGGAGAGACGGAGCUGAUAUUCACUCUGAUGUCAUGGUCUCUGUCGCUCAGGCUAUAUUGGGCGGCUCGGUCCGGGCACAGGGAUUAUAUGAGACCAUCAAUCUCUCGAUCCCAGCUGGCGUCCAGUUGGAUCAGAGGAUCCAUCUCUCUGGGAAAGGUAUCGCGCGGGUCAGUGGUUACGGGCAGGGCGAUCACUACAUCCACGUCAAGAUCAAAAUCCCCAAGGUGUUGACAGACAGACAGCGAGCUCUUCUGAUGAGUUACGCUGAGGACGAGACGGACGUCGAGGGAGCGGUCAACGGCGUGACCAAGACCACCACAGGUAAAAGAUCAGCUGGAAAUUGAGACGAUGACAUGCCGGUGCAGACAAGAGAAGAAAACGGGAGAGGACAUUUCUGUUGGGGACACGUGUAGCCUACAGAUGGAUGAAAACUAUCAGUCUGGACAUCAUUCUUCAAGAUCUUGUAGCGAUAGCAUCCCUAGCAUCAACAUCGCAUCUUUGCCAGACCUGUAAAUCUGAGAAGUUUACUAGUUUUUACUAGAAGUUUUUUCGUAGCCAUAUUUUUUCAUUUUCUAAAAUGGAUGUGGAAACCAUACCAGCGAUUCACAGACCAAGUGCUUAUUUUGGCUAAUAAAGUGGAUGGUAACCUCUCCAACCUUUGGCUUUGACGUUUGUUUGGUUCCGGGGUUGUGUUUGAAGAUGAUGUCACUGCUAACACUGAUGUUGUGAUGAUCUUUUCCAUGCAUUCAAUGAAACUCUUCACUGGCCGUUCCGCUGCAUCCGUCUGCUUCACCACCACUGUACAUAGACAACUGUUGAUAUUAAAGCUCUUUUAUUGUGUAGAGAUUAAAUAUGCAAUAAUGAAUAAAAUAUUGUAUGUGUAACCUGGGAAAUCGA